AUGAAAGUCGCUACUGCACUCCUGGUCGCUCUCAGCGUCCUUACCAACAAUGUCAACACGCUCACGAUUGAGAAAAGAGAUGACUCAGAUGAUUUGACCCCCGUCCCGAUCGAAGACAACAACGAAGGCAGCGUCACUUGCAACCAAUGUUCGAAGGAUGCCGGCAUCUGCUGCCCUGUCGAAUGUCCAACUGACGGCCAUUGCCCAAGCGAUGCGAUUGCCAACGCUGGAUGGCUCAUAGAUGGCAUCAAGAUCACCAGUAACCUGAAGAGACAGAAGCGCUGA